AUGGAGGGAAGCAUGGAGCAAGAUGCACAGUGCAAUCCUGCAGAAAAGCAACUGAGGCGACAGCAGAUAGACAAGCUGACGCAUGACAUGAAGCUGAUUGCGUAUGAGAUUCAGUCAGUGGGCUACACUGGGAAGACAUCAUGCAUUCUUCAUGAGUUUGAGAAAGAUGUGAAGUACUUCCACGAUAAGAAACGAUGUGUGCAGAUCACGACACCAGCCAGUAGUGCAAAGAUCGUCCAUGAGCAUGAAAAGACGAAGAAGUUAGCAGGUUAUGUGGCUGAGGCACGAGAGGUGAUGCUGAAGGACGUUCUAAGGCAGUCGAAGAAGGUUGUUUUUACGCAUGACUGGGAGAUUGGGUAUCGGGAGCACAAGAUGAUGGAGGUAGUCAAGAGGCUUGAAAGGCGGCGAAAAAAAGGAAGUAUUGUGCGAAAGUUCAUUGAAGAGAGCAUGCAGGAAGAUUCGGUUGCAGAGUUAUGUACAGCUUCUGCAGUUGACAUGGCUUCCAGCAAUCACAAUGGCCAAGCCAAUGAAGCGAUAGAGAGAAUAAGGCGCGAGCUGUUAAAGCAAAGCAUGAAAAGAAUAAAUGAGCCAGACAACUGCAUGUAUGAUAUAUGUAAUAAGAGUAAUCGAAACGAUGGAGUGGUAUAUGAAAAUGUGAUGAGGCCAGUUGUUGUUGAUGACGAGCCGGCACCGGUGUUUGCCGUAAAAAAAAACAGCGUGGCACAGGAGUCUAAGCAUGUGCAAAGCAAGCCGAGAAUGGUUGAAGCAUUCAAGAAAUGUCUUGAUGAGUUUUCGAAAUGCAACGGAGGGCGCUCAACCAGGACGAGUUUCCAAGUGCAGCAGCCGAUUGGUGGAACACAUCCCACACACCAACAGCUGUUCAAGAAGAUACACACGGACUAUGCAAGGUGCAAAUGUGCAAAAGACAUAGUGAUGCAAAAAUACAAAAACUGCGUUAUUGAAAGCAGCAAGAUACGUAAUGCAGCAAGAAGUGCAUGGAAUGCAAAAGAGCGAUUCGAAGAGGAGUCAUCUGGGGAGUCAUACAUGAGCGGAGCUGGUGACAAUUGGUUUGAAUACAACUUUCUUAUUGAGCCUCAGAUAGAAGUGCCUGAUGCAGGUAUUGGGGAGGACUUGUUCCAGGCGGAGAUAAGCAAUUUACGAACACCGUUUGUUGAUUCACAGAUGGGCGGUGUGGAAAGCGAGCAAACCAAAUGUGCAGCCGAGAAGUCAAGCAUGGAAUCGUCGUUUGACAAGUUUCUUGCUGAUAAGGCAACAAGAAAUGAGAUGAAAUGCAUAACUGCAGAUGAAUGCAUGGCAAUAGGGGCGAAGGAUAAAGAAGUGAAGGAUUCUGAGCAACCAGUUGCAAUGGAUGAUAUGCAGAGAAGCGACUGA